AUGGAGUACAGAAGAGGGUUAGGGUACGGGACGUGCUUCACCAUACUGAUCGUGUUGGCUGCGAUUUAUUACCGUAACACUGAGAAUAUUCUGCACCAACGACUGUUGACUCUGCUGCAUGGUCUCGAGAGGCUUGAGAAUAAACACGUCAUCACCAGCAGGCCGAAAGUCGCUGUAGGUUAUGGCGUGUGCACUGACGUCUUCAUCGAUGCGAAAUACCUACUGAAAUACUCGGACGAGAUCGAUCGACCUGAGCACUUUGACGAGAUCAACACUGAGCUCGAGUUGCUAAAAAGCUUUGCCUAUUAUUUUCGCCAUGGAGCUGCGGCCGAACGCUACAUGCGAAACAGAACUCUGUUCGACGAGCUGGUGGCAAAGGCGCGUUCGUUUCCUUCAUCUUACUCGACGAUCGGAGGAAACGCGGCAGUUAUGGCAAUGCGAUUCGCGCGAGAGGGAUGUGACGUGACCCUCGCAGCCAAGCUGACCAAAUCCUUAUAUCAAAUGAUCCCGCAAGUAAUAAACGUCGUAGGUGGAGAGGUGAAGCGCGAUGACAUCCAUCUAAUUAUGGAGUACAAGCACAGAGAGGUGUGGGGCCCUUACUCCAGUGCGAGAGCAAACAGGUACAUAGUUCAUAACGAUGUGAAUAAUCCAAUGAUCAGCUCAUUCAAUGCCUUCGACAAAGUCCUAGAGACCUACGACCCUGACUUGCUUGUGGUCAGUGGCCUCCAGAUGAUGGAUAAUUAUCCAUUCCGGGAAGACAAGCGCAAAACUCUGCUGAUGAACGUGAAGAAACAAAUGGUGGAACGGUCGAGUUCCACCAGAAUUCACUUCGAGAUGGCCUCGUUUGCGGAGGACAAGCUGCUGUUUGAGCUGUGCGACCUCGUGGUUCCUUUCGCCGAUAGUCUGGGAAUGAACGAGCAGGAAAUAGCGAAUCUGUACAAUGCCAUGUAUUACGGUAACAUUUCACUGGUGGCCAAUUCGACUCCACGAGUCGCGACGGUGCUGGAUCAGAUGAGGACACUGUUCAAGCUUAUACGCUUGAGGGGCAAGUCUAUCGCGGACUCUAGGGAGCUCACGAGGAUCCACGUGCACACGCUGGCGUACCAAGCCAUAUUUACCGUCAAGAAUUCCGUGUGGAAGAACACGAUGGCUGCUGCGGCUAAAGCGUCGCUGACCGCACAUAGACACGUAUGUGCCUCGAGCAACGUUGAUGUGAAGAAAGCGACACUGAUCAUGGAUGACAGUUUCUCGACGUCCAUCGUUGACGGUACACGAAUAGCUUUAAACAUUGACAAGCCGGUGUCCUGCUGGGACGAGAAACUGAAAGUAGAGCAGGAGGACGUAUCUGUUCAGGUAUGCGUCGCGCCUGUGUUGGUUUGCACGCAAGCUAGUCAGACGGCGGGUGGUGGAGACAAUAUUUCCAGCGCAGGCCUAGUACUUCAGAUCUGAAGUCCAGAUUCAUCGACACAACGGGAUCAUCUUGCUCUGUACCGUCGCAUUUGUUAUUGCAAGUCAUAUUUCUCUUUCUCAUUGUGCAAAUGUGGCAAUUCUAAAGUAGGUAUUCGCUUACACCUUCAGCACGCAAAGAUCAUCGACGAACGAUCGGCGCUCAUUCCACACUAACUUUUACAUUCCAUUAAAUAUUGUAAAAAACAUAGGAGUUAUAUAUGUACGCGAGGAAUACGUUAUGCAUUGCUAAGCAUUCUUAAUUCUUUUAUGCACUCGUGUGUGCGUUUUAUCGAAUCGAGACACUCUGCCUAUGACGAUUAUCAAUAGUAAUUCGGUACUAAUAUCAACGCUUGCGACCAUUACUUCGCAUUUAUAGGUCACUUUUAAUCGCGAAAAGUUUAUUCCAGUUAUUGUAUCGAGGAUACAAUACUGUACUGUUCAAUACUGUACUAUAUAGGCUAAUCGUUAUUUUAUGAUAGACUAAAUGUUCUCGUAUAAUGAACAAGACGCCCUCGAAAAUCGUUAAAAUUUUCCGAGUACUAAAAACUCAAGUAAAAAUAUUUAAUAUUUAAUGAUCGAAUAGAACCAUGGACGUGCCAUGUGACCUACAUUUCAAUAGCGAUAGUUCUAACAAUUUUAGUAACGCAGAUUUCUAGAUACGACACAUUGACUUUGAAACCCGGAGACAACAUGUGAUAUUAUCUUAAGGAACUGAACAUUUCCUCAGAACGUAAGACUAAAGUAAAGACUAAAGAAAGAAAGACUACGGAAUAACGAGACAGCGAUUCUUUAUAAAUAGAAAAUACAUAAUUAAUUUUGAAAAAUUAAUUAUGUACUCUCGCAACGUACGAGUUUACAUUCCAACUUUCCAACGUUCAAAUUUCCACGAUUAAAUGUGAAGCAAUAU